CAAGAGCCUCUUCAUUCGGGACAUCAGAUUAAGGCUUGGUGUGAGCACUCCAGGGGUGGAAUAAAAGACACGUCCAGCUCUAUUUAAAUUGCAAACCCAUCAGGUUGCAACCAUGCCUUUCGGAAACACACAUAACCAACUGAAGAUGAAGUACUCCGCGGCGCAGGAGUACCCAGACCUGAGCAAGCACAAUAAUCAUAUGGCGAAGGUGCUGACUGAGGAACUGUACGCACAGCUGCGGGAUAAGACGACUCCCAGUGGAUUUACGCUGGAUGAUGUCAUUCAAACUGGGGUUGACAACCCAGGCCACCCAUUCAUUAUGACAGUGGGUUGUGUAGCAGGUGAUGAAGAAACCUAUGAGGUUUUCAAGGAUCUUUUGGACCCUGUUAUUGAGGACCGACAUGGGGGGUACAAACCUAGUGAUACACACAAGACGGACUUGAACCCAGACCACCUGAAGGGCGGUGAUGACCUGGAUCCAGACUAUGUGCUCAGCUCCCGUGUCCGGACUGGGAGGAGCAUCCGUGGAUUCUGCCUGCCCCCUCACUGCAGCCGCGGGGAGAGACGGGCCGUUGAGGACCUGGCAGUGGAAAGUUUAGGUUCCCUGGAUGGUGAUCUGAAGGGUAAAUACUACGCUUUGAAAAACAUGACCGAUGAGGAACAGCAACAGCUGAUUGAUGACCAUUUCCUGUUUGACAAGCCUGUCUCCCCUCUCCUGUUGGCAUCUGGAAUGGCUCGUGACUGGCCUGAUGCCAGGGGGAUCUGGCACAAUGACAACAAGACCUUCCUAGUUUGGGUUAAUGAGGAAGAUCACCUCCGCGUUAUCUCCAUGCAGAAAGGAGGAAACAUGAAGGAAGUCUUCAACCGAUUCUGCACUGGUCUAACCAAGAUUGAAUCGCUAUUCAAGGAGAAGGGUCAUGAGUUCAUGUGGAAUGAGCACUUGGGAUAUGUUCUGACCUGCCCAUCCAACCUGGGGACUGGUCUCCGUGCCGGUGUCCAUGUCAAACUGCCCUGUCUCAGCAAGCACGAGAAGUUUGGAGAUAUCCUAAAGAAACUCAGGCUGCAGAAACGUGGAACAGGUGGUGUGGACACUGCAGCUGUGGGAGGUGUCUUUGAUAUCUCCAAUGCUGACCGCCUGGGAUUCUCAGAGGUGGAAUUGGUCCAGAUGGUGGUUGAUGGGGUGAAGCUGCUUGUUGAAAUGGAGAAGCGUCUGGAAAAGGGCCAGUCCAUUGAUGAACUCAUGCCCACUCAAAAGUAAAGCUGCACACUGUCCUACCCACUCCCUGCUACCCUACUAUCAAAUCGAGGAAUAACACUCCAAGCAGACUUAGUGGCACUAUAUAUUUGUAGACAAGUCUUCCAUCAAUGUGAUUGAAGAUUUUUGUAUUUGAUGGUUUUGCAAUAUUCUUGCUGAAGAUUUGAAACGCUGAGAAUAAACUUCUUGUCCCAUGUAA